CUCGCUAGUGGAUGUCUGGCUGCUGGCGGUCACUACAACCCCAAAAAUAGUAAUCACGGCGAUAUCACUGACCGCGUAAGACAUGUUGGAGACUUUGGAAACAUCAAGCAAGAACUUGACGGCACCCUGGAAAAGGUCAUCGAAGAUAAAAUUGCUACAUUGUACGGAACGUAUUCCGUUCUGAGCAGGGCUGUCGUGGUACAUGAAAAGCCAGAUGAUCUUGGCAGAGGAGGUAACCCAGCAAGUCUCCUCAACGGCAAUGCUGGAGCUCGUCUGGCUUGUUGUUCCAUAGUUAUAUCCCCUUAAGUAUAUGUUCAAAAAGCAAGGAGAAAGUUUAAUAUCCAGUUCUGUUUUUUUUUUUUUUCAAA